AUGUCUGUCACAACCACCACUAUCCCCGCCAUCUGCGAGUUUGCCAACGCCGUUGCUGACCUCGGCCGUAUCAGCACCAUCCGCACUGCACCCUGUCUUGCGGACGCCGUUGCAGCUCUCAAACAUGCCGUCACCACACGCACCGAUACCAGUCUUAUCAGCAUGAGAGAUAACUUACUGCGCGACAGCCGCAACCCUGUCGCCCUGCACAUCCUCGUCGGGGCCGCAGAAGUUCUCGGCAUCGCCAACGCUGUCGCCACCUGCUUUGUGAACACGCCGCACCAUCGACACGCACAGAAAGCGGCGUUAAGAGCCGGAAUGCUCUUUGGAAAUGCUCAGAAAUGGUUCACGCAUAGCAGCGACGUGCCCGCCGUUGAGGAUGGCGACAACGGAUACCGCGCCCUUCUGCUUGAACAUCUGGAUUGGGUCCACCAGUACGGCACGUUCGACAAUGGCUCUUUUGACAAUACAAACACAUGCCUGUCCCCAUUCACGACGUAUCUGCAACUGACCAUCUGCUCGACGCCCAUGGAAGACUGGGCCGAAGCCGCUGUCCCUUCCCACCUGUCGCCGCUAAGCUUGGCAUGGGACUGGGCCCGUACGAGCCCCGUGAUCGGUACCCAUACUGUCGAUGUCGUCGUGCUCGUCACCAUGGGGUGCCACAUCCAGCGAGUCGUCGCCGACGUGCCGGUGAAGGCGGCAGAGGAGAUGGCAGCCAUCCCCGGAUUCUGCAGCACACUCGUCAACGAUGGGCUUUGGGCCUCAUUCGGUGUGGUCUGGGGGCGUCUGCGAAAGACCAUGUCCUCGCAGCAUACAGCAACCUCGCGCUCCGACCGCUACACACCCAUCGCUGAGAAUGAUAGCUCAGAAGCGCUGCAGCAGGCAGCCCAGUUGUUGCGGGACACUGGCGAGCAGUACGCGCAGAUGCUGAGCGAGAAGGACGUCGCUUCGGCGCGUGUUGAAGACAUUGUAAACCGCCUUCAUACGUGGACCGCAAUAAUCGUCGCCAAGGCCGAGCCGCUGGCCCCGCCGACUAUCUUGAAGGCCAUUCCUGGCCUCAGCAAGACAGGCCUACGAGUGACUCGGCCCCCGAGCCGUUCACAGGAUUCGACCCGUUAUCGCUCGAAGCACCUGCUGCAGUAG